UUCUCAUUGUCAGUUAUUUCAUGGAUUCAUUGAAUCUUUCUCAUAGAGUUUCAAUGAAUGUUUUUGUGUUGAUGUUAAACUGCAUACAGAUAUUGUGCUUUGUAUUCCUGUCUAUCAAUUUUAUGAUUAGAAGAGGCUAGGUAGUCUUAUUUUUCUUUUUUACAUUUGAUGAUUUACAAAUCAGAUAUUUUACUUGAAAUAGCUACAGAUGCUAUCUUUUUCUUUUGAUAUGAUGUUAAGACAGUGUCUUAUUGUUUUUCUUGUUAUUUUGGUGCCUAAAUCAAAGUACGCUAAUUCCAUGAGAAAUGCAACUGAUGUCUUGCCUAUUUUUCUCACUAUUAUUAUUAUUUAUCUCAAUAGUUUUUAAAACAGUAAAAAUAAUUAGUUGAUUUAUUUAUUCGUAUUUCUGUUAAACUUUGACUCUGUAUUUGAUCUUUGUUUUUAUGAUAACACGAUCAAAUUAAUAAAUUUGAAACGAUAGAUGCAACUGGUUGGGAGAAUUAUCAACGAUUGUAUUGUCUUUUGAUGACAUAGAACCAUGCAAAAGAGAUACACUCUGUAGCGAAAUCAGGAAAACUUGAUACUAUUGAUUGUGUUAACACGAAAGUGUAUCGCUAUGUACUAGUCUAAAUGAGAAUGAUGAUGAUUUAUAUUUGACUCAAGAAAUGGACUUCUGGUGUGCAUACAGAAUUUUUAGCAACACUGGAAUGUUAUUGAAGAAAUAGUCAACUAAAUCAGAAGCGUUUCUUUUCUAGGCAAAUGCUGAUAGAGUGGCAACUGCGACGACGAAGAAGAAGGGCGAUGAUCAAAUUGGACCAAAACUGACUAAGUCAAAUAAAGAAAAGCGAAUGGAAAAUGAAAAGACGUUGAAGUUUCGUGGCGAAAUGGAAACAUAUUUUAAUAAAGCAUUACUGCAACAAAUGUUUCACGAUGAUUUCAAACAUCAUAUUCAAACAUUGACCACAUUACAAAAAGCCUGCGAUGAUUAUUUAGAUGAAACUACAUCAAAUUUAGAUUUAAUAUUACGCUGGUUAACAUUACGCUUUUAUGAAACAAACCCGUCGUUGAGUGACAAAAAUCAAUUAAUGGUAGACGAACGUGACGUCAGAGUUGCCACCAAGAAUUUUGUUAAUGACGACUUGAAAAAAAUUGUAAAUGAAAGACAACAGCAGCAACCUGCAUCUCUACCACUGAGCGAUAAUAAUAGUACUAAGAUUGGUGGUGAUGGUGGUGGCGCUACGUUGCUCUCACAAUAUACGCGUUUACAUCGCGAAAAGACGCAACAAUUGAAACAACAAUUUGUAUGGAUCGACAUUAUUUCCUCGUCACCUCAUUCGAAUGAUCAACCAUCACCAUCAUUACAAAUACCUGAUUUCGUACCGGCUUAUAACGGAAAAUGA